AUGAACAGACGCGGAGCUGAGGGUCCCAUGGACGGGCUCGAGUUCCAGAACGUCCAAGUCGACAAGUCGAGUCCCUUUUUCCAGUUUGCGCAACAACCUCCAGCACUUCCUUCUCAUAACUCAGCAGCGCCGUCUUUUGCUAGCUUUGGCGUAAACCCCUUCACUAAGCCCGGCGCGCCCAAGAAUGGCAGCCCUUUGAGGCAACAGAGCUUCCCACGCCCACCUGGGAGAAACAUGUUCAGCCCGUCCCUGACUAGGCAGUAUACUGCCCCGCCACUGCGCAACCCAGCAUUCACAACUGCCAGACCGAGCACGCCUGCUUUCACCACACCCCAGAGAGACCGCUUCGAAGACUCUGUUAUGUCAGAGACUCCCAUCGACGAUAGUCCCGCGAUGACCGACGCUUCUGGACCCGCCGACACCCCAGAUUUCGACGACUCGGCCUUCCUUGACCCCAUGUCUAUAUCAACGCCUGAUCACGCCGUCAGGCGCAAUCUGUUCUCCGAGAAAAAGUCGGGCAAGGGCGAGCUGCCGCGGCAGGACUGGUUUCAACGCGACAAAGUGCGCAAGAGAGUCAGGAUGGAGAGAGACAGGGACAUCGGAAGCACGAGGUCACGACUGCCAGACGGCCGCGACGAGGAUGACAGUGACGACGACGACGACGAACCGACCGGCUGGCGGAAUAGGCGGAAGCGAGACAUGGGGUGGCUACACCACAUCCUGACGUCCAUCUCCUCCAACCCCAACGCGCCCAUGAUAAUCUCAUGGUACCUACAGGUGCUCUUCAAUGCUGCUUGCGGGGGCGUGGUCUUGUGGAUGGCCUGGGGCAUAAUCUCUGCAAUACGUGGCGAGGUGCUCUACUCAUCUGAGAAGGCCAGAGCGCAACUUCUCGAAGAGAUGAACGCGUGCUCUCGGAGGUACAUUGAGAACAAAUGCUCUCCGAUCCAGGACAGACUGCCGGCCCUGGAAGGAAUGUGUAAUGAGUGGGAGACCUGCAUGAGCCAAGAUUCAAACGUGGUGGCCGGCGUCAAGGCGUCGGCUGGGCACCUGGCCGAUAUUCUGAACGAGUUCUUCUCUCGGCUCUCCUGGAAGGCGACUGUGACGCUGUCCUCCUUCCAUCAUCGCCAUAUUCCUGCCGCCGCCCGUCACACCGUCACGGAGGAGCCCAAGCAAAGGGGACAGGAGCAGCCCUAUCAAAGUGGACAGGAGCCCUAG